AUGACAACCAACACCACUGUUGCCGAGGCGGUGGCUGCCACGGCCGAGGAAGAGCAGCACGCGCUCUUUAUUCGAGCAAUCCUGCUGCUUUCGCUCAUUGUUGUGGUGAUGAACGUCAACCUGGCUCUCAAGAAGGCGCAGUUUCACUACGUCGGCGAAUCCGCUGUGAUGAUUCUGACUGGUCUCCUUGCGGCCAUGUGCUGGAUCGCGUUCUCCUACGACCAGGAGAAUGUCGCCAUCCAGCUGUCGUCCAAGUUCUUCUAUAUGGGUGGAUUCAGCCUGAAGCGCCUCACGUUCUUCAAGAAUGUCCUGCUGAUCAUCGCGCUGGCUUUUCUCGGCGCGCUGUAUUCCACAUUCGUGACAUCGGGCCUGAUGUACUUUUUCAGCAAGCUCAUUUCCCCCUGGAGCUUUGUCGAGUCGCUCGUGUUUGGAUCGCUCAUCAGCAGCACGGACCCGGUGACGGUUCUGUCACUUCUCCCGCCCACGGUCGACAAGCGCCUCUACAUCCUGAUCUUUGGCGAGUCUGCUCUGAACGAUGCCGUGGCCAUCAUCCUGUACCGCUUCUUCACGGACAUUGCCGACCCCAAGAUGAGGCUGUCGGCCACGUCGCUCGUCCUCAGCGUGUUGCAGUCGGCGUGGGUGUUUCUGGGCUCCUUUGCCAUCGGCAUCAUCCUCGGCCUGAUCUUUGCCAAGAUUACCAAGCACAUCCGUGUCCACGAAGAUGAGGCCACCACUUAUGAAAGCGUGAUGCUUAUCGUCUUUGCGUACACGUCCUAUCUCUUGGCCGAUGUGCUCGGACUCACGGGCAUCAUCUCGAUCUUCUUCUGCGGCAUUGCCAUGGCCCAUUACGCCUACCCCAACUUGUCGCCCGAAUCGGCGAGCUUCAUCAAGUCAUUCGCCGAUGUGUUUCUUCGAGUCAUUGGACAUAUGUGCGAGUCCUUCAUCUUCAUCUACUUGGGUCUCGGGCUCUUGUCCUUUGGCGGCAAGACCACAUACAGUCCCUUGAUGAUUCUGUUUGCCUGUAUCUCGAUCCUGGUGUCUAGAACGCAUAUAUUUCUUAUCUUGGGCUCCAGCAAUCUCAUCCACCGUCGCAAUCCCGAGACCGCCAUCCCUUUCAAUCAGCAGGUUCUCAUGUGGUUCUCUGGGCUCCGCGGCGCCGUGGCCUUUGCCCUUGGCGUCACAUUCUUGGAGCAUCCCGUCUUUGAUGCCGAUGUCAAGGGCAUGAUCUUUGGAACAACUGUCAUGGUGGUGGUCAUCACGGUGAUCAUCUUGGGAGGUCUCACGCCGUACAUGCUCAAGUGGCUCAAGAUUAGCAGCCCUGACGCUGGCGACGUUGCUGCUGGUGCUGCUGGUGCUGUGGCCGAGCAGCAUACCUCGACCAAGGAGAUUACCAAGCGCGAAAACGGCGAAGAAUACAAGAUGCUCGCUGAUGGGGACGAGCACGACGACGAUCCUGGUUCAGGCGAUCGCGUGGUUUAUGGUUGGCUGCAGAGCUUGGACAUGAAGUAUAUCCGACCUCUCUUUACCAUGCCCAAGAGCGAGACCGAGGAAAAGGCCAAGGCUCCCGAGGACGAGAACGCCACAUCGAGAUACUCGCUCACUCGGAAGGCCUCGCUCACCAGGGCGUCGCUGAGCAACAACCGCAAGGCAUCGGUGGCUCGAAGCACCACCGGCGGAUUCAGCGAUGUCGAGAUCAGUGCUGUCCCUGAGCAGUCCGAAAAGGUCUAGCGCAAGGGGCAGCCACGGUUGCAUUCGGCGUGUUCAUGCUCUCGCAUUUCCUCAGAGCAAAGGCCCACACAUUAUUUGUUCCUUUGCUUCUACUUCUGCUCCUCCCCAUUCCGCACCGCUGUGCCUGCACCAGCAAACAUAGAUUGUGGGCUGGUCGCUCGGGGAUGCGCUUCGUCCUGUGAUCGGUUACACUUUAUUCAGAAAAAUACGGGACAGCACAGCCGUUUCCAUGAACAUGUAGUUUGUGAUGGCAUGCGUCUAGCUAUGCCAUAAAAAUAAAACAGAUCACUUUGGCAGCCUCCGAGUGAAUAUCACCGGUCGCUCUCCG